CGACCGCCAGCGCCUCCUCCUCCCGCAUUCCCCUCCCACCCUUUCCGCAUCGCAUCCUCCACGGCCGCCGCCAUCCGCAUCGCUUCCUCCUCGCGCGCCGCCGUCUCCUCCCGCAGGCCAUCUUCUCCCGCCGGCCAUCCAUCCCGGCCGCCGCAUCUACACCCGCUCGUUCCCCUCCCGCAUUUACAUCGCUGCUUGCGCGCCCGCCGCCAUCUCCAUCUCCUUCCGCAUCGCUUCCUCCGCGCCCGCCGCCAACCCCUCCCGCCGGCCAUCUCCUCCCGCCCGCGGUUCGUCGCCUUCCGCCGUGACCUUCCCCUUCCAAACCUUUUCUUCCCCCCUGCUCUAUCCCCACCCCGCGUCCCAGAUCCACCGCAUACACGGGCUCAUGGACGGGCACGGGGACGAUGGACUGCAAGAUCUGUUCCCCGAGGGGGAUCCAGCUUUCCCCGCCCCCGCCUUCGACCUCCUCUCCCAGGCCGAAUCCUCUGGAGUUCCUCGCGAGGGCUUGCAAGCCCUGGAUCUCAACUCCCAGGCCGAAGAUUGGGGCGACUACAGCUCGUACUCCGACCUCCUUCGAGGAGAAGGAGCACCCCGUGGCCGCGGCAGCCGUUCGCUCGGCUUACGCGCGGCUCGCAGUGGAGGUAGAGGAGGCGGCAGCGGCAGCAGAGCUGGGGCCGGUGGCAGCAGAGGAGGGGGCGGCGGCAGCAGAGCAGCGCGGCGCAGCAGAGCUGGGGCCGGCGGCAGCAGAGCAGCGGCGGCGGUGCAUCUGUGACAAGGCCUCUGUUCGAACCGUCGUUGGCGACGGUGCUGGUGGCAGCGGCGGCCGCAGCGGAGGCCGAGGGGGCGGCCGCGCAAGGCGGUCUCGCGGUCGUGGAGGUCGAUCCACUGCUGACUACAUCGAACCCUACGAUGUAGAGAAUUGGGUUGAUGUUGACGACGAAGAUGGUGCUCCACAGAAUGUGGAGACAAUUUUCCCCACCUCCAAGGAGUAUGAAUUUGAUAUUGAUGAGUCAAGUUCUUCUGAUGACGACUUAUCAACAGAGAUUAUGGGUUUCAUGUGGAUGCAACAGUAUCAUCGUAAAAGGACCCGGGACAUUGCAAUGGCCGCAGUAAUGAUCGGUACGUAUUAUGACACAUACAUGGACAAGGCUCCACAUAGGGUUCCUACUGUGUCGGGUAUAGAAUGGGUGCAUGAAACAUUGUGUAGCAGAACCGCUUGCUACAACAUGUUUAGGAUGUCAAGCGUUUUGUUUUACCAGCUACAUGACUUGUUGGUCGAGAACUAUGGGUUGAGGGCAACUAGAGGAAUGACCACGAUGGAGGCUUUAGGAAUGUUCCUUUGGGUAAUUGGUGCACCACAAUCCCUUAGACAGGUUGAGGACCGGUUUGUAAGGUCCUUAGAAACAAUAAGCCGUACUUUCGAUAAUGUGUUGUCAAGUGUUCUUAAGCUAGCAGUGGAUAUUAUUAAGCCCAAGGACCCAGAAUUUAGGACCGUGCACCCAAGGUUGAGGAACCCUCGCUUUGCACCAUACUUCAACAACUGCAUAGGAGCUAUAGAUGGGACGCAUAUACCGGUGGUGGUCCCAAAUGAUAAGGUGGUUCAGCACACCGGGAGACAUGGAUAUACUUCACAGAAUGUGCUGGCAAUAUGUGAUUUCGACAUGAGGUUCACAUUUGCUGUGACUGGAUGGCCUGGAUCGGUUCAUGACAUGAGAGUCUUCAGUGAUGCCUUAAACAAAUAUGGUGACAAGUUUCCGCAUCCUCCUGCAGGCAAAUUUUACCUAGUUGACUCGGGUUAUGCAAAUCGUCCGGGUUACCUUGCACCCUACAAGGGUACAAAAUAUCAUCUACCGGAGUUUAGGAGUGGCCCAAUGCCAAAAGGUAUGAAAGAGACUUUUAAUUAUGCCCAUUCCUCCCUUAGAAAUGUUAUCGAGAGGUCAUUUGGAGUGUUAAAGAUGAAGUGGAGGAUUUUGUUGGGUAUUCCAAGUUUUCCGAUGCAGAAACAAAGUAAAAUCAUAGUAGCAUGUAUGGCAAUUCAUAAUUUCAUACGAGAGAAUGAUAUGGCCGAUAGGGCCUUUGAUAUGUGCGAUCGGGAUGAAAAUUUUAUUCCUAUGCCUCAAGUGCCAAACGACGAAGGAGAUGGGAUAAAUACACAAGCAGGGGAAGAAGAUUGUAAUAUGAAUGCAUUUCGGGACGAAUUAGCUAAUGCUUUGUACAACAAAUCGUAGAUUAUUUGUAUGAUUGUAUUGUAAUGAUGUUGACAACAUUUUUGUAGUAUCUGCGUUCUAUCGAAUGCUUUGUACAGGACAAUCUAAAUAAUUUGAAUAUCUUUUUAUUUUCAUUUCA